UUUGCGAGGGCUUCGUUGUACGGCGUGGCAAUGGCGGACGAGCGCCUGGAGCCGGUGCCAAGGCUCUUGGAAGGAGAUCAAGCGCUACCGAUCGCGGAUCCUCAGGAGCUCCCGCCGAAGCUGGAAUCUUUGGAGUCCGUGGAUUUGUCGGGGUCGCUUGGGAAAGAAUCUUUGCUAUCGGCUGGGGCGGCGGCUUCUUCCCCAAGAUCGAGCGCCAGUGCUGCGAGUCCUCGUCUCGAUCAGGUGAAGCCCUCGGUAGAAGUUGUAGGACUGUCGGAUGAUGCAGGGCAUGAUCUGCGGCUGGAUCAAGCCACAUUCUUUCGCUGCGUAGAGGAUGGGAAUGUCACGGCCUUGGAAGGGUUGCUUAAGAACAGGAAGCUGGAUGUCAAUGCCUACAAUGAUGAUGGAAUGACUGCAUUGCAUCUAGCAGUGUACAAAUACGAGCAAUCUCGGAACUUGGAAAUGGUUGACCUUCUUAUCAAGCAUGGAGCGAGUGUUUGUGCCAAGGCUGCUGGUACUCCAGCCACCCAUCGGAUUUCUAUCAUCCGUCACGACGUCAAGCACACAGGUGUUUUGGAAACAAGGAAAGUAGAUUUUCAUCAAAAACCACCAUUGUUGGUCGUGUUGGAGCUCAAGUCGUCGCUCUAUCUGAAAGGAUGGGAGUAUCGUCACUGGGACUCGAUGCUCAAGCUACUGGCGGAAGCAACCAUUAGACACUACGUUGCUAACAAUGUGAAAGAACCUACGGUUCAUGAGAACGCCAUUCCAGAAAUCAUACAAAAAAACUGGAAGAGCGUGUUUCAUAGCGGAAAACAUGAGACGAUCGAGCUUUGGGCAGAAGGGAGGCAUAUCGAAGCAUUAAAACUUCUUUUGUCUGGCGCAUCCAAGAUAUUGAAACUUAACAUCGAAAGCAACUCCUCCAGGAUCGACAUGAAAGAUGCAUCCUUCAACAUUGUGAAAGCGAUGGUCGAGUUCCUUUACACGGGUCAUUUGGAUGCAUCCUUGAUAGAGCAGCGAGGUAUUGAUCUGUUCGUGGCUGCUCACAAGUAUGGUGUCGAUGUACUUAAGUUGCGGUCUGAAGCUGCCAUAGUCGCCACUCCUGAUAACUGGAUUAAACUCUUGUCUGUAGCCACGGAGUGCAACUCCGAUGUUCUUGCCUGGAAGUGUGCUACUUCGAUCAAGAACCUCAUGGACACGAGACAGGACCGCGGACAUACGUUGAGGCACAGCUUCUCAGAAUCACACGAGGCACCGCAGCAGCUCUUUCAGCCAUCGGCUUGACAAAAUGCUAAACGCUAUAGCACUUCCUGUAAGUAGCUUCCUUAGUUCUUCUAAGUAACUCUUCUUGGAAGUCUUUGAGAACAGUGCCAGAAAUCUUUAAAGGUCGAGGAAAGUAUUGUCUAUGGUGGUGUUUCGACGCUUUCGUGGAGCGAUUUUUUCGACACAAAGAAGUAAUGUCACUGUAACGCUUUCGUGUGCAGCAUUGUCAAUGUAGUAGCGCUUCUUUCAACGCUUCGAUUGGAGCGAGUCU